GUUUUCAGGUUUAGAUUUUGUAAGAUAUAUUUUCAUGUUAAUUUGAAUGCACCAGUUGCCUGUUGGCUCACGUGAUCGCAUUGAGUGCAAUAAUAUUGUGGAAAUUUUCAUGAGGAAUUGUUACUUAUGAGCAAGGAAGGAAGGGAUAAGAAAGGUUUGAAAGAAAAAGAUAUACCGCUGGAACAAGUCAUACAGACGCUUGAAGAAAAAGUACUCACUGGUGAUCGAGAGGGAGGACUACCAUCUGUGGGGGCGCGAGUGCGCGAGAUUAUAACUGAAAAUUUACAAGAACCAGAUCGAAGUGAUCGACAACGAUCAGAAGAAGACGCCAUGGCAAAAUCUUUACAGGAGGAGAAUCGGAUGUUGCAAUCUGAAUUAAACAGAGUAGAAGAUUCAUUGUCUCAAGCAAGAGCAGAAAGAGAUGAAAUUGCUAUAAAAUACAAUGCAGUCAGUGAACGUUUGGAGCAAGCUCUGAAAUUAGAAAGUGGGGAGAGAGAAAGAGAAGCGGUGGAAAACAAAUCUCUGGCACUUCAGAAUGCUGAACUCCGUCGCAAGUUGGAUGAAGAGCAAGCCUCCUAUAAAAGGAAACUGCAAGCUUAUCAGGAAGGACAGCAACGGCAAGCUCAGCUCGUACAGAAACUACAGAGCAAGGUGUUGCAAUACAAAAAGAAAUGUGGAGAAUUGGAAACCGAACUUCGAACUAUGAAGGAGGAUGCGAACGAGUCAAGAUUGGUGAUGUCUGAUACUGCUGAUCAGUUACAUUCGAGACUAGAAUCGACUGAAGCAAGGUUGAGAAGAACUGAAGAAGAUCACAGCACCACGCUAGAAGAUGCUCUCAUGGAACUUGAAAAAGAAAAACAGAGAUGCCAGAGUUUAGCUGAAGUCAAUUCAAUGCUCCGUGAACAACUGGAACAGGCGAACGAAGCUAAUGCAACUCUGAGUGAAGACGUCAAGAAAGUAACGGAAGAUUGGGAGAAGUCACGUGAUGAAUUCUCAAAGAGGGAAUCCGACUGGAAAGAAGAACAGGAGCAAUUCAGCACUUACUUCGGAGAUGAGCACAGCCGCUUGUUGGCGCUAUGGCGCGCAGUUGUUUCUAUCCGUCGCGGCUUCACGGAAUUGAAAACGACAACCCAACGUGACCUCACCAAUGCUAUGACCGAUGUACAGCGCGGAGCUCGUCAGUUACAUGCAGCCUGUUUGAACUUAAAUGCAAAUCAACGAGUACAAGACACUUCGGCAAAAGUAUCAUUGGAAAAAGAAAAAGGAGAACGCGGAGAUUUGGAAGAUCAACUUCGUUCCAAGGUGAAAGAAAUGCUUCAAAUGCAAUCUGAUUUCGAAGACGAAAAAGCGAGAUUGAACUCGAGAAUCAACGAAUUGGCGGUUGGACUUGAUAGAUCGAAAUUGAAGGUAGCAGACAGAGAUCGCGCAAUAGAGGAAUUGGAGUCACCAAGAAAACAAAUGGAAAGCACUCGCUUGGAUGAAGCACCGUCAGCCGAAGAGGAGAUUGCCCGACUCCACGCAGAGAAAUUGGCAGUUGAGCAAAGUUUGAGAGAUAUUGCGCAAACUGUAAUUGCUGAUGCUGAUUUAGCUGUGGCAUUGAGUGACAGUCCUCGUGUUGGAGCGGCAUUGGAUGAAUUGUCCGAAUCAAUGAUGGAUCUUGGACUGCAGUCUCCAAGUCGUGGACUUUCUCCUCACCGUUCACCAUCUCCCGGUCGAAGAUCCCCACGUCGUAACAGAUCUCCUGCAGUGCGUGGCGUUUCUCCUUCAUUUGCCGAUUCCACUUACAACGCUGUACAGGCAGCAUUACAGAAACGUCAACUUCAAGUACAGGAACUUCGUGCCAAACUCGAUGCCGCUCGUGAUGCAGCAUCGUCAGUCAAAAAACAACUUUCUGACAGUGAAGUCAGCAGACGAUCCAUUGAAAACGAACUGUUGGCCUUGAAGGAAGAUCUGGAUUCCACUAAACGAGCUAAGGAUGAUGCCCAGAGGGAUGCUUACAGAUACAAGUCCAGUGCUGAAGUUGUUGGAAGCGAAAAACAAGAACUUCGUCGAGUACGUCAAGAACUUCAAGCAAGGAUCGAUGCAUUACAAAGCGAAAAGGAAAAGCUACAAGCUGCUAAUGCAGAAUUGCAAAGACAGAGAGAUAACAUCGAAGACGAAAAAGACGAUUUAGUGAAGGAUUUGAUGAGAAGAGAAAAAGAUUUGUCAAGAGGUCAUAAGAUGGUUGAAGCAAUGGACGGAAAACAAUCUUCACUUCGGGAGGAACUAGUUUCUGUUAAAGAGAAGUUAAACAGAGCUUUACUCGACAAAGAAGUUAUGGAAGCAGAAAAGACUGAAGUUUCAGAAGCAUUAACAAAGGUUGAAUCGGCUAACGCUGAAAUCGAACUUGCUUUGAAUAAACUGAAAGCAGAAGAAGCAUCUUUACGUGAUCAAUUGGCAAAAAUGCAAGCUUUGAAUGAAGGUUUAGCUCAAGAUAAAGUUGAUUUGCAUAAAGUUAUCGCACAGAUGGAAGAGAAGCAUGCAGCUCUUGGUGCUGAAAAGAAUGAUUUGGCACAAGAGAAAGACUGCAUUCGUGCUGAACUUAUCAAGACCGAGCAAGAGAAAAUGGAUCUUCAUAACGAGAAACAAGGAUUGGAUCAGAGUUUACAUCUGACACAACAAAGCAGGGAACAAUUGGAACAAGAUUUGAUGAUGUUGCAUAGAGAAAAAGCUGAACUGACAGAUAGCUUGGCCCAGACUUCUAGACAACGUAAAGCACUUGACGAAGAAUUGCAGAGAGCAAAUGAAGAUUUAUUACGUCAAAGUGAUUCUAUCAACAAAUUAUCUCGCGAAAAAGAAGAAUUAACAAAAGAAAAGGCGAACUUGGUUGUUCAACUCACAGCUUGUGAAAGAGAAAACAGAACGCAGUCAGAAGAAAUUGCAGCAUUGAGAUCCGACAAGGAGGCACUUGAGACCAAUUUAUUCGACUGUCAAGCGACCGGAGGAGCACUCGAUGCUAAGAAAGAACAGCUCGAAACAGAAGUCCAAAAUAUUCAGUUGAAGAACGAGGGACUCCAAAUUGAAAUCGGGCGUCUUCGUCAAGAAAUGGAAGCUGAAGUCUCCAAAUUGGAGAGAGACAAGCAAUUACUUAACCAGAAAAUGAUUCAGCAUGAGAGAGAAUCUCAAGUUGCACUCAAAACUGAGCAACAAUCUCACGAAGAGGAUAUUGAAAAGAGUACUCGUGAGAGGGAUACUCUGCGUUUGGAAUUACAAGCCGAGAAAGAAGAAGCUCUUCAUCAAUCUAACCUUGAAAAAGAAGAAAUGAUCGCUAAAUACGAAGCAGAAAAGCAAGAAUUAAACGAAGAUAUUGAAGCUAUCAACCAGGAACACAAUGAAGCACUCAUCAUGGCCGAAGCCGAAAAACAACAAGUUCUCUGCAUGAAAGAAACAGAAAAGAAUGCUUUACAAGAAAAAUUGAAUCAAACUCUGAGAGAUUUGAGAGAACAAGAAUCGGAAUCAGAAAAACUGAGGAGAGAUGCUUUGUCAAAACAGGAACAAGAUCGGGCCACACUCAACCACAAAUCUCAAGAAUUGAAAGAUUUCCGAACUCAAUUUGAACUGAAGACAGAAGCUCAUGAACGUGAAGUCAAACAACUCAAUGAAAACAUCAAACAACUGCAAAAAAUGAGAGAAUCCGCUCUGAAAGAGGUUGAGGAGUUGAAACUCCAAUUACGUAUGGUUGAAGAUGCAAGGGAUGGAGUGAGAAGAGAUUUGAUUGAAGCACAAAGAAAGGUGAGGGAGACAGAGGAAGCACGUGAUUCUCAAAGAAAAGAAAACUUGGAGUUGAAGAGAAAUGUGAAUGACGAAGUACAUGAGAAGGAUGCGGUGCAAAAAACUAACAUGGAAUUGAGAAAUAAGGUCAAGAAAGCUGAGCAAGAGAGAAUUGCACUAAAGAGAGCCAACGAAGAGAAAGACCAGAAGAUUUCAGUAAUGGAAGAAAGCAGAUCUGGGGUACAAAAAGAAAAUGGCGAUUUGAGAGCCAGUCUUCGUGAAGUCGAGAGAAGUCGCUUAGAAGCAAGGAGAGAAUUACAAGAACUUCGCAGACAAGUUAAAAUGCUUGACGGUGAAAACAACAAGAAAUCGAAAGAACUUGAAGACUUGCAAGCCCGCGUAUCACGUGACGAGGAAAGAGAAGAAGAAUCGAGGAAGGAAUCGUUUGGAUUGAAACAGAAGAUUGUCGCUACCGAGGCGAGCAAAGAACAAGCUCUCAAAGAGAAUUCGCUUCUCACUCGCAAAUUGGCUGAAAUGGAUGAAGAAUGUAGACUCCGUGAACGCGAUUACCUUGCACAACUUGCUGAAGGUCAUCAACUAGAGAAGAGAUUGAAAGACGAUGCCAGAAAUCUUGUGAUCAAGUUGGACGGUACCGAGGAAGAGUUGGCUGAAAACAAACUAAAAUUAUCAGCCGCGGAAGGCAGGAUAACUGGGCUCGAAAACGAAAUCGUCAAAUUAGAAGGCGCCAAACGUGACGUUGAAUUUAAACUUGGAAGCCUACACAGUGCUCUGAGACGAACUUUAGGAAUUUCUAGGUUGGGCAGAACCAUGAGCCCGAUGAGAGGAAGCCGAUCUAUCAGUCCUUCACCUAGAAGACGCUCAAGAUCACCAGGCAAAGGAUAUGAUAAUACAUAUACCACAACAACUGACGGAAGAGGAACACCGAUACCAGAUACUGGAUCACCUGACCGUAGCAGAAGCAUGUCACCGGGAUUGGCUAGAUCCGGAUCUCCAUUACGAACGGAACAACUUGUCCAAGAUAUCGACCCAGAAGUAGUCCGAGCAUCUUUGAGAGAUUUCUUGCAAGAAUUGAAAGACACUCAACGCGAGAAAGAUGACGCGAAGAUAGAAGGAUCAAACCUGACCAGACAAUUGAUGGAAAUGGAAGCUGACAGGGAUCGGGCAAACCAACGUCUACAACAACUCCAGAAAUCUCUCGGAGAGGCGGAAGAAGGAAAGAGGGGUUCAGAUGGAAGACUUGCUUCUGCUCAGACCGCUCUUAUGCUCCAAGAAGAAACGAUCAGACGACAUGAACGAGAGAGGAAAACAACAACCGAAAAGCUCGCAAAUAUUGAACGAGCACUGCAAAAUGCUGACAAUGACAGACGAACAUUGCAAGACAAACUCAAUAAAAUGAAAGCAACUGAAGCACGAUGUGAAUCCGAUAAGAAAAAACUGAAAGAUUCAUUGGAAAUGAGUGAACAGAGAGCGACUAAACUUGAGCUUGCACGUAGAGCACUGGAAGGAGAUUUGCAGAGAAAUAAACUGAAUACAAAUGAUAAAGAAACUGAACUACAGGUUCUCCAAGAAAGAAACAACAACCUAGCUAGACAAAUUCAAGAUUUGGAAGGAAAAUGUACUUCGCUUCAACUUACCAUUGAUAGACUCAGUAAUGCAUUAGCUAAAACAGAGGAAGGAGAAAGUCAACUGAAAGACAGGGUCCAGUCUCUCUCGUUGUCCAUGUCAGAGAGGGACAGCACUACCAGUAACUUACAAGAGAAAAUAUCUCAACUGCAAAAACUGCUUACCGUCAGCGAACACGAUCGCCGAGUACUCCAGGAAAGACUGGAGGCCGCACGGCAAGCAGUCGCUGAUGUGAAAAAGCAAAACAAUUCACUACAAGAGAGAAUCCAAGCAGUCACUCAUGAUAACGAAGAUUCUGAAGUAAGAAGAUCUGAACUCGAAAAUCAAUUGAAGGGUCAUCAGAAACUACUCUCACAACAUCAAGAUACCGAGACAAACUCAAACGAGAGAAUUCAGAAGUUACAAGACGAAAAAAGAGUCUUACAAGAGAGAAUCACAGGCUUACAGAGAGCAAUUGCCCAACUCGACGCUGAGAAACGAGAGACCGAACGCAGUGCAGUGAGACUGGAAAAAGACAGAACUGCAUUGAAGAAAACCCUGGACAAGGUUGAGAGAGAUCGACUCAAAACAGAAGAGGAGGCAAUGAGAUUAUCUGAAAAUAGAGGACAAUUAGACCGAUCUAUCAGGGAUUUAGAAUCAGAGAUAGAAGAAGCACAUAAAACAAUACAGGCAUUGCAAGCUCAAUUAGCUGAUACAGAACAAGCUCAUGCUGGUAGAUUGAUAGAAAUUACAACAAGGCAUCGGCAAGAAUCUGAAAUGGAAAUCGACAGACUACGAACUGCACAAGUACAAGCCGAACGCACAUUAGAAGCAAGAGAGAGGGCUCAUAGACAGAGAGUAAAAGGACUCGAAGAACAGGUUUCAACAUUAAAAGAUCAGCUUUCUCAAGAAAUCAGACGUCGUCAACCAUACAGUCGAAAAUAAAGGAUAGCAUACCAUACAGACAUAACUAGAGACCAUAUGUUUAUUUAUAUACCCUGAUGGGACAAUAGAGUGCAGAUCGUAUUCGCGGCAAUAAGCAUAAAAUUAUGAUAAAAUUAAACGGGAAAUUCAAGAAAAAAAAUUUGAAAAUAAAAAUUUCAGCUACUGCCUUGAUACCGUCCUUUAAAAUAAUUUACCAAGCUGGAAUGGAUGUGCUGAAAAAAAUUUGAUUUUUCAAAAAUGACAAAUUACAAAGUUGAAAUAUUUUUUCCCAUUCACUAUUUUUUAAAAAAUGAAUUAAAUUAUUAUGGUAUACUUCUUUAAUUUUAUUGAUGCCUUUAAUAUUAACAAAGAGCCCUGAUAUUUUCAACAUGGUAUUUAUAUAUUCUUGUUAAAAACGCAGUUAUGGCUCUGGUAUGAUCACCACUCAAAAAAUGUAAAUUAGUACGUGGCACUGUACAGACUCGCUAAAAAAAACAUUAAUUCAUUUAAUUGGUUUUUUUCAAUAAUGCUUUGUAUAAUUAUGAUGAAUUUGGAUAUUAUAAAUAAUUAGACGCUAUUCUCUAUAGGAUUAUAUACUGAAACUACAUAUAAAAUUUUUGUAUAUUGUAUUUUUUUCGAUAUGAAUUUCUUACAAAAAGUAUUUUAGCCGAUCAAGCGUGAUAUGUACAUAACAAAGUUAUUGGUCGAAAUUAGUUCCUAUAACAAAUUCUUUUUUACGCUUGGUAUACGCAUGAUCCACCCUGGAUCCAGAUAUAUUUGCACGAUAAAACUAGCAUACUGCUAUCUUGCACGCUUUAUUUCCGUAUGUAGGCACGUUAUUGAGAUAAAAAAAAAUGUAAAUUUAUAUUAUUUUCUAAUUCCACCGUAAUUUAGAAUAUUGAUUUUGAAAAUCAAGAAGAUUUUCCGAAUAUUUUUAUUAGUACUAACAAAAACACUAUUCCCAUUAUACUUUUUUCUUAUACAUUUAUACUACCCACUUUCUUCAAAUUAAUUUAUGUUAUGAAUCGGCCGAACAUGGUUUGCCGUUUUUGGGAGGGAUAUGUAUGGCCAAUUGAUGACUGGAAAAUUUACAGAAAAAUUAUUUUAAUUCAUAUCCGGUUGUUCUUUGGCCAUACAUACCCAUACUUUGGUCAUAAAAUCAAGGGAAUAUAUUUUGAAGCUUAUUUCAACUCAUUUCGUCAGCCACGCUUGUUUUAUGGAUUUUGAUAUACAUAUCAAGUGUGGCCGAUUAAUAUGAAGUUGAUUUGUACAUAGCCAAUAGAAAAUUAGAAAAUCAAUUUUUGUUUUAUGUUGUAACGAACACAACUGUGAUACGACAACAUCCUUUUUUAUAUAUGAUCAUGCAUGACCAGUUCAUUUUGAGCACAAUUUACGAUCGUUUUGAACAGAAAUUUCAAAAUUUUAUACCUUCUGAAAAUCAGUAAUUCACUGUAUUAUUUUUUCUCAAAAUUCGUAGUUUUCGUAAGAUUUAGUGGAUGAAUACAUUUUAUAUUGAAGCAUUGUGACGUCAUGAUGGCGAUCUACUUUGUUGACGACAAAUUGUAGAUAAAUAUUAAAACAAAAUUGUUGUUCUUCUUUCCGCUGUUGUUGUUAUUAUUGUUAUAACUAUUAUAAAAAAUGUUCUUGUAUCGUAUUUUCUACCCCCAUUAUUAUUUUGUGUACCGUAUAUUUUGUAGAAAUGAAAUAAAUCACUAUUUUCGAUUA